AUGCCUACUAGAGUUGCGAUUAUUGGUUCAGGCAUUUCUGGCCUUAGCGCCGCAUGGCUCCUCUCCAAAGACCCUUCCUUCUCUCCAACGCUCUAUGAGUCCGGCUCCUAUCCAGGAGGCCACACGCACACUGUCGACAUUCCAACUCUAUCUGACCCGACCAAAACCGUCCCAGUGGACACGGGUUUCAUAGUAUGCAAUCCAGUGACCUAUCCCAAUUUUCUCGCUCUCCUCAAAGAACUUCAAGUCCCUCUCGCCAUCACUGAUAUGAGCUUUUCUGUCUCCCGAAACGGCGGAGAGUUUGAAUGGUGUGGAGAUAACAUCGAUACUGUAUUUGCACAGCGAAGGAAUUUAAUGCCAUUUGGACAGAAUGGAGGGGGCAUGUGGAGGAUGAUUUUGGAUGUUAUUAGAUUUCAUAAUGAGGCCAAGAGGAUUGCUGUGGAGGCAGACCGGCUCGCAUUUGAUGAUGAAGGGAGAGUGAGAGCGGGAACAACGCCACAAGAGAGAGAGCAUCCUUUCGCGACUUUGACAUUAGCCGAAUUCUUUAAGCAACGAAAUUACUCGAGCUUCUUUUACGAAAACUACAUUGUCCCGAUGACCGCUGCUAUCUGGUCAACACCCGCUGACAUGACAUUUGACAAAUUCCCUGUUUUGACGCUUUUGCGGUUUAUGCGAAACCAUCAAUUGUUACAAAUUGGAAGGCGACCAAAAUGGAGAACCGUGGUAGAUGGAAGUCGCACAUAUGUCACCAAAAUCCUUGAAAACGUGACGGACGUCCGCCUCAACACAGCCGUGGUGUCCGUUGAGCGUCAAAAAGACGGCAAGCUCGUAGUUGUAGACGCCAGCGGAAACCGUGAAACAUACGACCACGUCAUCUUGGCAACACAUACCGACCAGGCCCUCAAGAUCUUGGGUGAAAGCGCCACGAGUGAAGAGAGGAAAAUUUUGGGAGCUAUCAAGUAUUUGAAGAAUAGGUUGGUGUUGCACAGGGAUCCAGAGCUUAUGCCCAAAUCUCGCAAAGCCUGGGCAGCAUGGAACUACCUCACACGCACCAAGUCGGAAACCGAGUCUCCAACCGUAUGCCUUACAUACUGGAUGAACCGUCUUCAACCAUUUGUGAAAGAAGCGGAAUGUGGUCCCGUGUUUGCCACACUCAACCCACUCAUUGAGCCACGCUCGGAUAUGGUCUUUGGGGAGUGGGAGUAUGAACAUCCUUUAUAUGCUCCGCAGACAAUUUCCGCGCAAGAUAAGUUACAGGAGAUACAAAAUAAGAAUGGGGUAACCUUUUGUGGCGCGUGGACCAACUAUGGAUUCCAUGAGGACGGUUUAACGUCCGGCCUUUUAGCAUCCAUCUCACUGGGCGCCACAUGCCCCUUUCCGGUCCAUCUCAAUGGUGGGUUUCCGACAGAACGACUUCCCAUCGUCCCACCGAGCUGGGCAACCGAGAAAGGUGUGACAAUCUACACGCAUGCAAAACCAAAGUAUAUCGAACACACCCCCGAAGCGGUUCUGAAAGCUCAAAGACGAAGCGAUCCCAUUCUGGAGGCGCUGGGUCCCCGAGAUGCGCGACUUCCACCAACUGUGUCCAUUGCUUACGGAAGGCGUCCUGUACGCGACGCGACCAUCUUACAGCAAAGGUAUCCAGAUUCUAUCCCAUCUACCACCAUCCGAGGUCUCCUUUCGCUUCUUCGCAAGCUAAAGCGCACAGACCGAGAGAUUCGGGUUCUACUACUCGGCCUCGACAAUGCCGGCAAAACAUCCAUUCUAAAACGUUUGGCAUCGGAGGACAUAACAGAAAUUAAGCCGACACAGGGAUUCAAUAUCAAAAGUGUCCAGCAAGAGGGGUUUAAAAUGAAUGUCUGGGAUAUUGGAGGGCAAAAAUCAAUUCGACCAUAUUGGAGAAAUUAUUUCGAGAGCACAGAUGUGUUGAUUUACAUUAUAGACAGCGCAGAUAAGCGACGACUGGAGGAAACGGGAGAAGAGCUUCACAACCUCUUGGAAGAGAAUAAACUAGCCGGUGUUCCAGUACUGGUUUUUGCCAACAAGCAAGAUCUUAUCAACGCACUACCAGGACACGAAAUUGCGACAGGUCUGAAUUUAAAUGCAAUAAGGGACCGUCAGUGGCAGAUUCAACCGUGUUCGGCAAAAACGGGGGAAGGGAUCGAGGAAGGAAUGCAAUGGGCCAUGCAGUGCUGUAAUAAAAAGUGA